UAUAAAAAUGUGAGUGUAAGUAGCUGGUAGCUAGUGUCAUUUUCCGAGAUAUACUCGUCUCGAGGAAAACAAAACUCAAAUCCAUCAUCCUCUCUUUUCUUUCUCUUCUACCUAGCUACCCUCCCUUGCUUUCCAGAUUGUUCUUUUUCCGGGAAAAGCCUACUGUACUAAAAGCAAAUAAAGUUGUUCUAAACAAUUAAGAUGCCCUUGGAAGGGGUUUUCAUUCAACCACCCUCUACUUCUGCUUCUGCUUCUGCUUCUGCUUCUACUACUUGUGUUCCUGAUCUUUCCCUUCACAUAAGCCCUCCAACCACCACUAACUAUGCCGGAGGACAUCACACCGACCUCUCUCUUGGGAGACGAGAACCACCACCACCACCACCAUUACUGCCGACUAACAUGAACCACAUAAACGAAGCCUUGAGACCCAUCAAAGGGAUCCCGGUUUAUCACAACCGUUCUUUCCCUUUCUUACCCAUGGAUAGGGAUCACAACAAUCCAAAUCCCAAGAUGUGCUUAUAUCAUCACAUGCCUGCAUCUUCUUCUCCUUUCCCUGUGGGAGUGGGUUUAGAUCCCAUUUCCUUCUUGAAUUCCGGGGGAGCGGGAGGGCCUUAUAAUAAUAGGGCUGCUGCCACAACUAGGUUCAAUAAUGGGAUCCCAAGCCAUCAGCACCAUCCAUUGCACCACCACUACGGCUCGUCGGAGAUGAUGAGAUCAAGGUUCUUGCCUAAGCUCCCAAGCAAGAGGAGCAUGAGAGCACCCAGGAUGCGGUGGACUAGCACCCUCCAUGCUCGAUUUGUUCACGCCGUUGAGCUUCUUGGUGGCCAUGAAAGAGCAACACCCAAGUCCGUACUUGAGUUGAUGGAUGUGAAAGAUCUCACAUUAGCCCAUGUCAAAAGCCAUUUGCAGAUGUAUCGAACUGUUAAGACUACUGACAAGCCUGCAGCUUCUUCCGGGCUUUCGGAUGGAUCAGGAGAGGAUGAAAUGUCUCCUCCAAUGGGAAGUAGUGGUAUGCGUCAAUUUCAAGAGCAAAGAGGCCAACAAGAUAUGGAUUAUUCUUCCACCCCAACACUAUGGAGUAAUAAUUCUUCAAGAGAAAGCUACUAGACAUAAUAAUCAAACGUUCAUUGGGAUAAAAGGAAAGCAAUCCAAUUACACGGCUUCAUUCACUUUUCAUUCUUUCCCUCGUUAAUUUCGUUUCCUUUCCUCCCUUUAGAAUUGUGUGUGAUUUGUCGAAUAUUGUUGAUAAAAAUAAAAAUAAAAAAGUGUGGUUCUUAUUCUAUCCUCAAGUACAUAGCAUAAAACCCAAAAUGAGCCAAUAAUCCUUCACAUUCAUCUUACUUAGUUUUCUUUUACCGGUAAAUGGUACUUCUUUAUUUGAUUGUGUUAGAUAUGUUUCCACCGAGAAAUCUUAGUAGAUAGAUUCUCAUGGAAUACAUCUUCACGAAUCAUGCCGUACAUGGAAUGGAAUAAUAAGACAUGAAAUUCUACCAAGUCCAUUCAUUGUUAACAAGGGACGGGAAUGUAUGUACACUCAGAUAUAUAAAAGAUAAAGUAGAAUAAUGAAAAAUAAGGCAAAAGUGGAUGCUAAUUAAUGCCGUAGGUAAUGAAGUUGUAUAGUUUGGCCUAAAACUUUGUUAACCGGUUCAAAAUUAUUUUUCUGAAUCUUUCUUUAACAAGGGUUUGUCACUUAUAUCUAAUAUAUAUGCAUAAAUAUGUAAUUUUUUUUUUUUUACAAACAAUAAUAGGUUAAAAUAAAUUUGCAAUUCAAAUAAUAGUUUUGGAACUUCUUUUUGUAUAAUUGAUGCAUAUUUUUUAAAUUUUAACAGUGAUGAUAGAUAUCUUUUGACUAUUAUAGUAGGACUAUUCUAUUCCAGAAAAAAAAUAUAUGAUCAAUUAUGGUUUGAGAUCACACAAAUCUAAUAAGUUGCAUGUACUAAUUUAUUGGAGUGUAAAAGUUUAAAUUGAUGAUCUAAAAAAAUGUAUCCUUUAUUACAUCAGUACCAUACCCUAAAUUCUCCUGUCACCACUUUAAUUACUUAAAGAUACAAAAUUAAAUACCUGAAAUAUGAUGUUCUAUUAGAUUUUAUAAUAACUACUGUUUAUUGAUAGUUAUUUUUUUGGGAUAUUGGUUAUUAUAUUGGUUAGGGUAUGCAUGUUUGUUAAUUAAAAUAUCAUAGGAAGAUAGGACAUAUAAGAAAUUUCACCAAUAACACACAGUUGUAUGUGGAGAUUGGAUCAGUUGUCCCUAAGUAUAAGUUUUAUUGGAUUUUUGUUACUGUUAAUAGCUAAUAAUCCAAAAUUUGAUCACUUCUGAUCUU